CCCACCACACCCACCACCACACCCACCACCACAUACAACACCACUACCAUACAUACAACUAUGGCGUCGUUGAAGCCGUCUGCUGUGCCGAAGCAGGCCAUGCCUGCUGUGGGGAUGACCUCGCAUGCGAUGGUUGAUCCUAUGACUGCGGGACUCGGCAACACGGUCGCUGCCGAACUCCGGCCCAUGCACCCGGUGGAGGCCAUCGAGGCCAACGCGCCGGCCCAGGAGGCUGCUCUGACCAAGCACGCUCUGGACGCCACCUUUGGCUCGCAUGCCUUCCUCCGCACCCAGUUUGAGGCUGCCGUCUUCUCGCAGUACCACCGCCUCCCGGGCCUUCCGUCGUCGUUUGUCGCCCUCGACACCCUCUCGGGCGCCGAUGAGUCUAUCUCCUUUGCCGACUAUCUCGGUGACGCCCGCGAUCCCGUCGAGGCUCCCAACCUUCGUGCCCAGGCCGAGGCCCUCUACGGCAUCCGCAUGCCGGCCGAGCGCUAAGUGCUGAGCAGGUUCCCAUCUCGGCACUGCCACUGCCGUCCCGACUAAAACAGGUCAUCGUACCA